AUGGUAGAUAAUAAAAAGAAUAAUAAGAGAAAGGUUGUCGAACCACCUAAACCACAAGUUGAAGAAGAGGAAAUAGAAGAUAUCGAAGAACAAGAAGAAGAUAUUGAAGAAGAAGAAAUCGAAGUAGAACAACCAAUAAAGAAACAAAAAGAGACUACAACUAAAUCAAAUAAUGUAAAGAAACAACAACAACAAACAAAGACAACUACAACUACAACUGCAGUUGCCACCAAAAAUAAUAAUAAUAAUAAUAAUAAUAAUGUAGAUAAGAAGACUAGUAAACCAGCAACAAAGAAACAAUUAGAGAAAGAGAUGGAGAAACAAGCCAUCGAAGAUCCAAUCUUUAAAAAGAAGAGAGUUUUAAUUCUAGCAACCAGAGGUGGCAGCUCAAAGAAUCGUCAUCUUAUGAACGAUCUCUGCAACCUCAUCCCACACUCAAAGCGUGAACAAAAGGUCGACAAUCGUAACGCUCUUUCACAAAUCAACGAUACCUGCGAAAUGAAGGGUUGCAACUAUGCCAUGCUUUUCGACAACCGUAGAGACAAUGAUUUAUACUUGUGGAUUGCCAAGGCUCCAUUAGGUCCAACCAUUAAAUUUAGUGUUUCAAAUGUUCAUACAUUGGAUGAAUUACAAAUGACAGGUAAUUGUUUAAAGGGAUCAAGACCAUACUUGCACUUUGACACCACAUUCAACAACACUCCACACUUGCAAUUGACACGUGAACUCCUCACUCAAGUAUUCUCGACUCCAAAGGGACAUGCCAAGAGCAAGCCAUUCUUUGACCACGUCUUUUCCUUCUUUUACCAAGAUGGUCGUGUUUGGUUCCGUAACUACCAAAUCUCUGAUCACGAAUUCAAAAACGAACGUUUACUCACCGAAAUCGGUCCAAGAAUGAUCCUCGAAGUCAACAAGAUCUUCUCUGGUGGUUUCUCUGGUCAAUUACUUUAUAACAAUCCAAACUUUGUUUCACCAAGAAAUCAACGUCGUGAUAGAAAAUUAUUUGAUGCUUAUGCUACCCACAAGAAAAAUUCAGAUAGACAAAAGGGUGAUGAAAGAAAGGCUGGUGCAUUUGUUGAUGCAUCUGAAAUUGAUUCAUUAUUUGAUUAA